AGGAAAGAUUUCGUUAUCCACUGAUAACCGUCAACAAAAAUCCUCACUUCACUUUCUCUCUGUAAAACACAGAAACAAAGCAUGGCUUCUUCUCCUUCAUCUUGGCUGCUACCCCUUGGUUCUGCAUCUGGGAAGAGUCUGUCUGCCAAUCAUGUGGUCAUUUCAAAUGGCGGGGCUCAAGGCCUAUUUGUCAGGUGCUCAAGUUCUAAGACCAGAAAACACAGCAAUGGACUGAAUUUAGCUACACGAAGGGAUGUGAUGGGAUUGCUUUUCGGAGUUCCAAGCUUCUUAAUGAACUCAGCAGAUGCCAAUGGUGCAGGCUUGCCCCCAGAAGAAAAGCCUAAACUAUGCGAUGAUGCCUGUGAAAAAGAGCUUGAAAAUGUACCUAUGGUAACUACAGAAUCCGGUUUGCAAUACAAGGACAUUAAAGUUGGUGGAGGCCCCACCCCUCCGGUUGGUUUUCAGGUGGCUGCUAAUUAUAUUGCCAUGGUUCCUUCUGGACAAAUAUUUGACAGUUCACUGGAGAAAGGUCAGCUCUACAUAUUUCGUGUUGGCUCUGGUCAGGUGAUCAAGGGACUUGAUGAGGGCAUCCUGACCAUGAAAGUAGGAGGGAAACGCAGACUUUAUAUUCCAGGACCGAAGUAGAUGAGAUCAUAUGUACAUCCGAAAUUAUCAAGUAGCAGAGAUGAAAAAACUGCAGAUGUUUGGUGUCCUGUGGUAGACAAUAGGCAGAAUCAAUUUUAUAGAGUAGGGUUAAAUUUAUUUGAAAGACGAAACACUGGGCUGUUGAUGAUAAAGCUUCCAGCAUGCUGAAGAUGAAAUAUUACAGCAUUGAAUUAAUGAGGAUUAAUUGGCAUAUAUGUGUAUUCUGUUUUUGUUUAAUCUACUGACUCACGGAAUAACUUUUUUUCCACGCAAGCCUUUUAGGAAAACUGCCCUCUCCCUUACAAGUAAUGGUUCCCAUUUCAUGUCAAAGUAUAUUCAAAUCACUGCCUUUUUAUCUAACAUUCCUCGUUUGAUGCUUCUUGCUGGUUUGUAAUUAGCUGGCAUUCCCAAAGGGCCUCUCUUCAGCUCCAGGAAGGCCACGGGUCGCUCCAAGUAGUCCAGUCAUUUUCGAUGUGAGUUUGGAAUACAUUCCUGGCCUUGAAGAUGAAGAGUGACAGAAUUUCAUUUCAUUUUUGUAUUUAUUCCUUUAUUUGACACUUUGAUAACCACAGGAACUAUAACGGAGGUUGCCUAGAUUCCAAUUAUUCAUUUUUUAUAAAUUCUUUUCUACAAUUAUUAUAGAAGAGGCAUUAUUCAUUA